UUCCAUGCAACUUCCUCUUUUUUCAACUCCACGACUUUAUAAAUAGCCUGAGAUUGAGUAAGCAUCAUCCACAUUCACAUCUAAAUUAACUCAGAAAAGAAUAAAGAGUGCUGUGAUGGAGGGAACACUUAUUUCUUCCAAACCAUGUGCCAAAGAAAAUAGCAUUGAUUUAACCCGAAUCACACUGCGACCCUUUAAUCUUACUGACCUGGAUGAUGUUAUGGUGUGGACAACUGAUGAAAAAGUGGCCAAGUUUUGCUCUUGGAAACCUUACACCAGCAAAGAUCAAGGUAUCAGGUUCAUCGAAGAUACAGAAAGCAAGUUUCUAUGCUGCAAGGCGAUAUGUCUUGAUGAUCGUGCUAUUGGGUGUAUGAUGAUGUUCUCGCCUGAUGAUAAAUGUAGAAACAAAUCUGCAGAACUUGGCUAUCAUCUAGGCUCUGAAUUCUGGGGUAAAGGGAUUGGUACGUGUGCUGUGAAACAAAUUGUUAAUCUUGCAUUCAGUGAAUUGUCAUACUUGGAAAGGCUUGAAGCUCUGGUUGAUGUGGAAAAUGUGGGGUCUCAAAGAGUGUUGCAGAAAGCUGGUUUCAAAAUGGAGGGAGUUCUGAGGAAGUAUUUGUUGAUGAAAGGAAAAAGCAGAGAUAUGAUUAUGUUCAGUGUUCUUUCAACUGAUCUCUAACUAUGAUUAGUUUGUUAGGAGGAUAAUAUUGGAGUUGGUGUCUUCUCCAUUUCUAUUAAAAAAUGUUUUAAAAGAUGUCCAAUACUAAGGUAUACAAACAUAGCUUCAAGUUGGAACCAAAGAGUAAAAUGUAGAAACAGAGGAAUUGCAUAAACCUUGUUCACCAUUGUAACUGUUGGUGCAAAGGUAGAAUAAAGAUGAAUAUU